CUUUAUGGGCGUUUCGUUUUCUUUUCGAACGUGAUGCAGAAAUUUUGAAACUGAAUGAGAAAUUUUUUAAAAUGGAAGUGUGUUUGGAUUCAUUAUUUACAUAUGAAAAGUGAAUGAAAAUAAAAGAAAAAUAUGAUUUGUCAAUUAUGGGAAAAUGGGAAAAGUUGCAAUGUUACUCCUGAAAAGAGCGAAGAGGUUACUUCUGACGCGAAAGCUGGUGGAGAUGCCAGCACGGACGAGCAGUUUGCAAGGUUAGUGGUGAAAAUCUACAAAGCUGAUGGCAUUUCGAAACCGGAUAGUGGAAUAAUGGCCCAUGUGAGAAAAACGUUAUCCGUGGACGUUGCUGAGUUAAUAGAUCCAUACGUGCAAGUUUCUUUCGCAGGCCUUAAGGGCGCAACUUCAAGAAAGAAACAUACAUCAGUUCCUUGCUGGAAUGAACAGAUUGUUUUCACAGUUAAAUUCCCACUUCCUCUUGAACCGAUUGUUUUACAGUUAAGAGAUGGUGACACAGUUUUGAACAACAUACUUGGAGAAAUAUAUGUUUCUCUGGAUAAAAUAUCAAAUCCUGGAGAGAAAGGUUUUCUACCUACCUUUGGGCCAUGUUUUGUGUACCUGCAGCCCCCGAAAGGGUUAUUCAAAGAUGAAGCUAUCUUUUACUGCGGGAGAGUUCUAAUGGCCAUUUCUACAGAAAUUGUGUACACUGAAGACUUCAGAAAACCUCAAGCAUAUGCUGAACAUAGUUUUCCUUUGCCAGAAGUACGUAAUUGUAACCAAAGUCUGAAAUAAAAGACUACU